AUGGACUCGGACAUCGAGGACGACGAGGACUUUGCGCCACGCCGGGCGGCCACCCUGCCCGCGGAAGCCCCUCCCGCAGCGGCUGAGACGGUGCAAAGCGCCGGCGCCGCCGACCCAUCCGGCAGCAAUGCGUUCCAAAUACUGAUGGCGCCGCCGCAGCGUGGCCGCGCUGCCGCUAGCCUCGACAGCGUCGAGGGCGAGAGCGUGCCGCCGGCUGAGGCGUCUGGGAGCGCGCCUCAACCCGCCGACGCAAAGCGCAGCCGGCGCAAGCGGGCCUCGCCCGAGUCGCAAGCGGCGGGCGGCGCCGGUGCGGCUGUGGGCGCGGGCGAUGCCCCCGACGGCGGCGGCGAGGAGGCUGAGAGCAGCUCCGGCGCGGCGGAUGCGACGGUCAUCGAGGUGAAUCCGUCGAGCGUCCGGUCGGGCCGGCUCGUCCUCUCCAAGUUUGCAGAGGCGACGCAGUCGCGCGAGCUCUCCACGUGGUCGGGCGCGACAUCGGCCACGGGGGACGCUGCACCCUUGCUGGGGGGCAGCGGCGGCGGCGACCGCAAGCCGAAGCCGAAGUCGCAGAAGGGGGGCGCCGCUGCGCAGCCGCCGGCCAAGGGCGGUGCCGCUGCCAAGGGUGGGAUCGGAGCCUUCUUUGCGAAGAAGGGUCCGGCCGCGGCACCGGCUGCCCCGGCGGCUGCCGCGGCGGAGCCUCUGCUGGGGAGGCAGAAGAAGAAGAAGAAGGCCGACGCCGAGGGGAAGCGGGGCGAGGCGGCCGCGCAGGCGCGGUGCGGCGAGGGUGUUGUGACGCUCGUCCUCUUCGAGGAGGUAGACGUGGUCUUCGAGGACGACGCCGGCUUCUACGCCGCACUGCGCCGGCUCGCGCGCGAGAGCAAGUGCCCGAUGGUUGCGACAUGCAACGAGCUCUCGGCCGAGCUCGAGGCGCUGCUGGGCAGCUCGCCGCGCCUCCGGUGGGAGCGGCCGUCGUCGGCCCAGCUGCUGCCCCUCGCCGCCGCCCUCUGCCUGCGGGGCGCGCCCCCGGCGGCCCCGGCGGCCGAGGUGCCGCCGAGCAGCAGCAGGAGCUUGCUGGAGCUGGUCGAUCACUUUGGCGGCGACGUCCGGCGCACGGUGACCACGCUGCAGUGCUGGGCCGACGACGCCGGCGCGCCGCGCGUCGAGCGCGUUCUCGGGCUCGAGUCUGCGUGUUGCGGCGCGCCGCUCGCCGACGCCGUGCUGCGCGCGACGGCGUUGCGCGUCGCUGCGCAGCGCGAGGGCGGCGGCGGCGAUGCGGAGGGCGACGCGGCGGGAUCGCUGGCGGCGUCUCUGCUUCAGCUGCAGGUCGGGGCGUUGGUCGGAUGCGUCGAGCUGCUCGGCCGCUCGCCGCUGCUCGAGCACCCUCUGCGUCUCCUCGACGCGGCCCUUGGCGGAGUGCUGCUCGCAGCGGAGGGCGCGGCCCCGGUGGCGGUCGCGGUGGCGGAGGGCGCGGCCACGGUGGCGGUGGCGCCCCUCGUCAACGAGCUCUGCUUCGGCGAGGUGCGGCCGGCAGGACUGCAGGUGCGGCCGGCAGGACUGCAGCCCGGAGCAUCGGAGCCGGAGGCGGGCGGCGCGGAGGCGGGCCGAGAGGAGGCGGGGCCGGAGGAGGAGGACGAAGAGGCGGCCAUGACCAGACGCGUCGUCGAGGGCAGCGUGAUCGACGGCGACGCGCCGCCAGAGGUGAUGGAGGUCGACAGCUCGGAGGUCUCUUCUUCGCCUGGGGUCGCCACGGCCAGCAGUCCGUCGGCACGGGCCGUGGAGGCGGACGGCGGCGUCGCCGCCGCCUCCCCGAGCGACGGCGAGCGGCCUGCGACACCCGGCGCGUCGGGGCUCCCUGAGCCGCCUUCGGAGGAGCCGCCCUCGGAGGAGCCCGCCGCUGACGUGCCAUCGGUGGACGAGGAGGCGGCGGGGGAGGAGGCGCCUCGGGAGGCCUUUUGGGUGAGUGAGCCGCCGGAGGGCGCCGCGGAGCCGCUGCUGCGCUGCACGCUGGACGCGACCGCUGACAUGUACGACAUGCUCUCGCUCGCUUCGCCCCGCUCCCCCGCGGCUGCAGCCGUCGCAGAGAGCGGAGAGACGAGUUGGUGGGGCGGCGCCGACGCGGCGCCGGCCGCCACACAGCUCGACGCCGACUUGCGCGCCACGCUGCAGCUGCUCACCGUGUCUGCAGCAUUCGCUACG